AUGGAAGAUGGGGCUCGGGCCAACCCCAAAGAGUUCAGGAAGAAGGGGCUGGUUAGACUCCUAUCUUGGAAGAUGGCAGUAGAGCAGACUGGGAUAUCCUUCCCCAGGGCUACCUCUCUUUGGAAUGCCACCAGGUCCAUCCCAGGCAUCAGGAAGUUAUUCACAAUCACCAUUCUAGCAGGCAGCGUCCUUCCCAUGGUCCAUGGAAGUCUACUGAACCUGAAGUCAAUGGUAGAAACCAUCACUGGGAGAAGUGCCAUUCUCUCCUUUGUGGGCUAUGGCUGCUACUGUGGGCUAGGUGGAAGGGGUCUGCCCAUGGAUGAAGUGGACUGGUGCUGCCAUGCCCAUGACUGCUGCUACCAGAAGUUGUUUGAUCAGGGGUGCCGCCCCUAUGUUGAUGGAUACAAAUUCUCCAUUGACAAUGAGACCCAGACCAUCACCUGCAGUGAACAGAAUGAGACCGAGUGUGAUAAGCAGACUUGUGAAUGUGACAAGAAUGUUGUCUUGUGCCUCAACAACCAGUUGUACAAUGAGGAAUACCGCAGUUACUUCAACAUCUUCUGCACGGGAAACACUCCAUCCUGUAGCAUCUAUGAUCCUCUGCCAGUGGAGAUUGAAUGUAGACACAUCCCUAAGAUCCCACCUCCACCUACCUAG